AUGUUGAAGAACAAGAAUAUCAGGAUUAUUAAAAGAUUAACUCAUACUUACAAGAUAAAGAUGAAUAAUAUGGAAAAUGAUAAUUUGAAUAGUAUCUCAGCUGAACUUACCGCAUCAUCCGGCGCAACAUCAACGACUUAUCGAAAACCAACAUCCCCAUCUGGUGCUCCACUAUCGGCUAUCUCUCCGAAAUUGUUUCCUCUUCCCCUCUCUGAUAGUUUUAAGCACUACUGGGAUAAGAAAACUUUAGAAGCGGCGCAACAUGAGCUAUUAUCGACACUGCCCUUUUACCCUGAAUCAUCUGCUGAUCACUCUUCAAAAGUUCUGAGAUAUGAAAGUCCUAAUUCAUUAGUGUUUCCGGAUAUAAACGAGUUUCACAUAAAGCCAAAAAGAAACGUGAAAAAUGACAAACAUCUGGUAUUUAUACAUGGUUAUGGUGCAGGUCUUGGAUUUUUUAUUAAAAAUAUAGAAAAAAUAUCCAAGGAACAUCCUGAUUGGCACAUUCAUGCAAUUGAUUUGCCAGGUUAUGGUUGUUCUACCCGUGUAACGUUUCCAUCUAGAAUACCAUUCCAAAAUUACGAAACAGUUGAGAAACUAUUUACUGUUCCAUUAAGAGACUGGUUUGUCUCCCGAGGAUUGGACGAAAAGAACACUGUUGUUGUGGCGCAUUCCAUGGGCGGAUAUUUGUCGUUAGCGUUGCAACUUCAUGAAGUUCAAGGCACCAAUUAUAUAGGUGAAAGUGAGUAUGAAAAUAUCAAAUCCAGGUUCAGUGUAUUCGGAUCCAAGAAAGCCAAAGAGUUGAAUACAAAGCAUGAAAACCAAAUGAAAGAAUUGACCAAUACAUCUGCCAAUCCUAGGAGAUUUUGGAAUACUUUGAUUCUCGUUUCACCUGGUGGGAUUUGGUCAAAGAGGACACCAUCAAUAGCAGAAGAGUCCACCCCAACAUGGUUUGUAAAACUUUGGAAUCAGAACAUUUCACCCUUUUCUGUUGUUAGGAACCUCGGUCCUCUGGGUUCCUAUCUUGUUAGUGGUUGGACUUCAAGAAGGUUUGCUAUUGACCACCUGUUUGAUAACAGUUUGAAGAAACUGAUGCAUCAGUAUUCUUAUACAAUUUUCAAUGCGAAAGGAAGCGGAGAAUAUAUGCUUAACUACCUUUUAGCAGCUGGCGCCGUUCCAAGGCAUCCUAUGUUUGAUAGAUUGGAGAAGUUGAAAAGCUAUUCUGGCAAAACGGUUUGGAUGUAUGGUACUCACGAUUGGAUGGAUUAUACUGGUGGUAUUAAAAGUGCCGAGAAACUAAACCAAAUUUCACAUGGAAGCAGUACGGUUGAAUUGGUGCCUGACGCCGGUCAUCAUAUUUACCUCGAUGCAUUUGAUAAAUUCAAUGAGUUGGUUGGCAAAGAAAUGAAUGGGUUUGAAAAAGUCCUUUCUAAGAAGUGA